AUGAAUUUGAAAAAUAAUAAUAACCCUUACGAAGGCGUAACCGGUUAUAAAGCGUUUAAAGAUUAUGAUUUUGAAUUUUUGUUAAUUAUCGUUAAAGAUCUUUUUCGUUUCUCACAUAAUCGUACGAAUGACGCUAACGUUAAAUACUAA